AUGCCUGGACGUAUCGACUCUAACUGGUCGCCAUGGCCACAGCUUACACUUGCCACAGCAAAGGGAGUGCAGCCAGGCACAGAAGACUACACCAAGGCUAUCCUGUCUACCUAUGGUGCCGAAGCUCUGAAGACAAGCUGGAUCGAAGUUUGCAAUAGGCUGGAGUUCAUCACAGACAAGAUAGCCUCACAGGGCAACUUGGUGAUACCAGAACUCGGACUUGAAGACUUCCUCACCGCCGACGCAGGUACAAAGAGCAGGCUCAAGGACACAGGAUGCUUCGUCAUACGACAGGUUGUCUCAGAGCAACAGGCAACAGACUGGUACCAUGAACUCAAAGGAUAUGUCGAGGACAACACAGCCCAGAUCACAGGCAUGCCAGCUGAGAAACCGUUCAUGUUCAAUGUCUACCACUCGCCUGUCCAGCAAGCUGCUCGCUCUCAUCCAAAUAGUCUAGCCGUCCAGCGUGCAAUCAAUAGUCUAUGGCGUGAUGAGGGCGAUCAACAAAACACGUUCCGCGAGCCUCUCUCCUAUGCCGAUGGGUUUCGCAUUCGACCCGAAAACACUGUCUUCAAUGCACUGCCCCCACACAUUGAUGGCGGCAGUCUCUCUCGUUGGGCAGAUGCCACCUACCGCAAAGUUUACGAGCAAAUCUGGUCAGGUAACCCUUCAUCCUUUGACCCUUACGACCUCUCCAUCCGGAAAGAGGCAAAGCCCGGUCUCUUUCCCGGUACUGCCUCGCAAGUACUCCGGGCUUUCCAGGGUUGGACUGCAUUGACCUCUGCUGGAGCCAACGAAGGCUCUCUUCUACUCUAUCCUGAUGUCAAGACUGCAAUGGCAUAUGUGAUGCUCCGACCCCUCUUUGAUGCUCCUGAAAACGAGUCCGACAUCAUGGAUGCCGAAAAGUGGACGCUCAAUGCUGACAGAGGAUGGUUUCCCGGCACAUGGAGACAGUUGCCGCAGAUUGUCAGUCCGGCUUCUCAUCCUCAUUUGAGGCUUGAAGAGUGUUUGGUCAACAUUCCGACAAUGCAGCCUGGUGACACAGUGUGGUGGCAUGCAGAUAUGAUCCAUGGUGUAGAUGUCAAUCACACCGGUACUCAUGACUCUGCCGUCUUGUAUAUCGCGGCUGUGCCGUCGACACCAGCGAAUAUGCAAUACAUGCGUCAGCAGGUGGUAGACUUCAGAGCUGGUGUGCCACCUGAGGAUUUCAAAAGCAAUGGUACUGAUGAGACAAAGUUCGUGGGCUACAAGGGUGAACAAGGCGUGUUGAAUGGAGACGCAGGAAGGAAAGCUGCUGGAUUUGAACUCUGA